UGGACAGACGGACCGUGGCGGGCCACCCGGCUCUCCUCGCCGCCGCCGCGGCGGGCGCGGGGCCGCGCGGGAAGGCCUGAUCCCUGCAGUGCGAGCCGGAGGCGUCGCAGAGCGCAGCGAGCCGGAGGCGCCGGGACUCCUGCAGGGCUCAGCUCAGAUGCCAGCAGUUGUCGCUGCUACUUCCUUCUCCUCGAGCGACCUUUCACCUCCUCUGAACUUCUGCGGCACCUUCUCAGUACCUCUCCUCCAGGUACCUGACACGUCCCUCCUUAUGUUCCCCGGACAGUGCCUGCCUUAAAGCAGAUGUGAAUGAAUAGCAGAAGCUUAUGAUUACUGCAAAUGACACGGGAGCACGCCGGCAGAAGAGUCUAUCUCACUCAAAUCUGUAUGCAGUGGAACAUAGUGGUUAAGAGAAUGGCUUCGGAGCAUAAUUGUCUGAAUUCAAACCGUGAAGCUAUCGCUUAAUAGCUGUUGACCCGGGAGAGUGAGAGUGAUUUCCCGGCGAUUGCUUUGUAAACCAGAGAACAGGAUUCUUCUCUUCCUUUUGGCCAUUAAAUGCCCAUGUGCACCACACAUUCCUGUGGGGGAAGAAGGGCGGAGCUUCUUGGAUGAUGAUGGACGUUCCACCGGGCAGGAUGAGGGCAGAGUGUGUGACAUCGACACCACAAGGGCGCAGCGUGAACUUCCUCGUCUCCCUUCCCAGCCAGCUCUCUGCCUCCUGUAUCCACCAUGGUGUUUGGUGAGUUUUUCCAUCGCCCUGGACAAGACGAGGAACUUGUCAACUUGAACGUGGGGGGCUUUAAGCAGUCUGUCGACCAGAGCACCCUCCUGCGGUUUCCCCACACCAGGCUGGGAAAGCUGCUCACCUGCCACUCGGAAGAGGCCAUCCUGGAGCUGUGCGAUGACUACAGCGUGGCCGACAAAGAGUACUACUUCGAUCGGAACCCCUCCUUGUUCAGAUACGUUCUGAAUUUUUAUUACACGGGGAAGCUGCAUGUCAUGGAGGAGCUGUGCGUGUUCUCGUUCUGCCAGGAGAUCGAGUACUGGGGCAUCAAUGAGCUCUUCAUCGAUUCCUGCUGCAGCAAUCGCUACCAGGAGCGCAAGGCGGAGGACCACGAGAAGGACUGGGACCAGAAAAGCAACGAUGUGAGUACCGACUCCUCCUUUGAAGAGUCCUCUCUGUUUGAGAAGGAGCUGGAGAAGUUCGACAAGCUGCGAUUUGGUCAGCUCCGGAAGAAGAUCUGGAUUCGAAUGGAAAACCCAGCCUACUGCCUGUCCGCCAAGCUGAUCGCCAUCUCUUCCUUGAGUGUGGUGCUGGCCUCCAUUGUGGCCAUGUGUGUCCACAGCAUGUCGGAGUCCCAGAAUGAGAAUGGAGAGGUGGGUGGCCCUGUGCUAGAAGGCGUGGAGAUUGUCUGCAUUGCUUGGUUCACUGGCGAGCUGGCCAUCCGGCUGGUGGCUGCUCCCUGUCAAAAGAAAUUCUGGAAAAACCCCCUGAACAUCAUUGACUUUGUCUCCAUUAUCCCCUUCUAUGCCACGUUGGCUGUCGACACCAAGGAGGAAGAGAGCGAGGACAUUGAGAACGUGGGCAAGGUGGUCCAGAUCCUCAGGCUUAUGAGGAUUUUCCGAAUUCUCAAGCUUGCCCGGCACUCAGUAGGACUUCGGUCUCUAGGGGCCACCCUGAGACACAGCUACCAUGAAGUUGGGCUGCUGCUUCUCUUCCUAUCUGUGGGCAUUUCCAUCUUUUCUGUGCUCAUCUAUUCUGUGGAGAAAGAUGACCCCACGUCCAGCCUCACCAGCAUCCCGACCUGCUGGUGGUGGGCCACCAUCAGCAUGACGACUGUGGGCUAUGGAGACACUCACCCCGUCACCUUGGCCGGGAAGCUUAUCGCCAGCACAUGCAUCAUCUGUGGCAUCUUGGUGGUGGCCCUUCCCAUCACCAUUAUCUUCAACAAGUUUUCCAAGUACUACCAGAAGCAAAAGGACAUCGAUGUGGACCAGUGCAGUGAGGACCCACCGGAGAAGUGUCACGAGCUACCUUACUUUAACAUUAGGGACGUGUAUGCACAGCGGAUGCACGCCUUCCUUACCAGCCUGUCUUCUGUGGGAAUUAUGGGUGAUCCUGAUGGCACAGAUGCCUCGAGUAUUGAAGACGAGGAUGUUUAUAACACGGCCUCCUUGGAGAACUGCACAGCAAAAUGAGCAGGGAUGUGUGUUCCCGUCCCUUGUAUCCCUUUCCCAACGUUAGGUUAACACAGCUUUAUAAACCUUAAUGGGUUUGUUAAAAUCAUUUAAUUCUCAGGGUGUACCUUUCAGCCAUAGUUGGACACUCAUUGCUCUGAAAUGAUAGAAUUGUCUUUAUUUUUCUCAGCGAGGUGAAUUAAAUGCCUUGUUCUGAAAUUUAUUUUUUACAAGAGAGAGUUGUGAUAUGAUUUUGGAGAAAACGGUAAAUGAUAUUGGGUGGGAUUUGUUGCUACGGCUUAUAUCAUCCUGUGUUUGUCAUUUACUCACAUUGAGCUAACUGUAAAUUACUGACCAGUAGAAGCAAAGGCCCAGCUGACAGAGGACUACAUGCAUGUAAGAUCCACACAAUGAGACAAUGCAUGUACAUCCAUGUUCACGUUCUAGACAUGAAAAUUAGGAGCCUAAUAAACUGCCUAAUUCAGUAUGGA